UGCCUGCGGGACGGGGCCGGGAACACCCCCCUCGACACCCUGCUCCAGCAGAUUGCCCACGUGCCCGCAGCGAACAUGCGUGCCAAGCUCCUCUGCCUCGACUGCCUCUUCUUCUUCGUGCCUCAGGAACUCCAGUUUGCAAUGAAACAGCAACUGUUGGACAACCGGCAGCGGUGGCAGGACCUCCUGGGGGAGAACAGGUUUCAGUGCCUGGUGGGCUUGGCUCCCCCCUCCCUGUUUGUCAGAGCCAUGCGUGUCUUGAUUAGGACCAUUUCACCUGAGCAUUUCCCAGAGGCUCUGGACAAUCUGCCUCUGCCUCAUUUUCUAAAGCCUUUGGACCUGAAAUUGGAGAGCUAG